AGCCGUCAUGUCGUCCAGUUUCUCAGUGCGGAGCUUCUCUGUGGGCCAUCAGCCCUCUUUCUCCAGCCUGUCUCUGAGAGACAGCAGCCGUGCCCGCUCGAGAGCUGCUGUGCCUUUUGCCGCCAGACCCCUGUCCCGCUCCGCCUCCGUCAGCCAUGACCUGAACGGAGUUCCAGUCACCCUGAACCUCAAUGGGCAGCUGGGCAACCACGCCAACGAGAAGGAGGCCCUGCAGGGCCUCAACAACCGUCUGGCCACCUACCUGGACAAGGUGAGCGGAAGGUAGCCUAGAGGGUAGAGGUUAGAGAAGUGGUUCAGCAACCGGAGGGUCGCUGGUUCGAAUCCUAGAUCUGACAGGAAAUCUAGUGGGGAGUGAGCUAGCAACCGGACGGUUGCUGGUGUCUCUAUCCUGAACAGAGGAGGCUGGUGGGAUGAGCUUAGGCGGAAGAGCUCAUUGUAAUAGCUGUAAUGAAGUAAAUGGAAUGUAGUCAAACACAUCAAACAUAUGGAAACAACGUUUGACUUCAUUCCAUUGAUUCCAUUCCAGCCAUUACAAUGAGCCCGUCCUCUUCUGAUCCUGAAUGCCAUCCUGUCGUUGUACCCUUGAGCAAGCACUUUGCAAGAUAAUGGAUAAUAAGUCUGCUUCUUCUUAGGUGCGCUCCCUGGAGACAUCCAAUGCAGACCUGGAGCUGAGGAUCAAGAAAAUAAUGAUUGAACGCAUCCCUAAAGGUCACGACUUCCAAACCAUGAUGACCCAGGCCCACCAGGUGGAAGAGGAGGUGGGUUCCCAAUAUCCCUACGUUCCCAAGAUCCCUCUCUCUCACCCCAUGUAACUUCCCAUGCCCUUUUCUCACUGUACAAUGACACUGUGUCACACUCAGUACACACAUGUGGCCAUACACGCGUACAUGUUUACCGUGCAGGUGUAAACACACUGACUCUCUUUAAUAGGAAUUUAACAUUAGCAGAAAUAGACCCUUGUGGUUGAUAUAUGAAAGGUAAUGCUUACCCUGAUCCCUGUCUUUUCUCAGGUGAGGAAGAAGACACUGGAGAACGCUCGCCUCAUGCUGGAGAUUGACAAUGCUAAACUGGCAGCUGACGACUUCAGGAUCAAGUGAGCGUGUUUCUCUGUGUUUGCUACUGAACAUCAGUUCAGUUUGAAGUGAAAGCGCUUCAAGCGUGGUUUGCAGAUGUAUGUUUAGGCUCCACACGAACGCUGCACUUAGUAGACACAUAUUUGAAUGCAUAGCGGGACUGUGUGCUUGUGUGUGUGUUUUAGUCUGUGUUUGUGCAUAUGUGUAUGCAAGUGUCAGUUAGUCCUUCCCCUCCUCCCUCACCCCACCCCUUCUUUCAAGUUUCAAGUUUGUAUACUAUCUGUAUGGAAUACUUUAGAAAUAUUAGUCACCAAAGCUCUCACAAUCUCUCACUUCAGAAUCUCUCACUUCUCAAUCUAUCUCAAUCUCUUCCUCCUCCUCCAGGUGGGAGACCGAGCUGUGCAUGUCCCAGUCUGUGGAGAGGGACUGUUUGGCCCUGAAGAAGGCCAAGGUGGACCAUGCGCAGAUCAUUGUUUCCCUGAAAGGAGACCUGGACAGCCUGAAGGAAGAACUCUACUUCCUCAAGAAGAACCAUGAGGAGGUGAGAGGAGGUAGCUCUGUAGAUCAGGGCUUUAUUCAUCCUAAAGCAUACAAGUCAAAAACUAGAGAGAGGUCAACUCUCCUUAUUAAGGAUGAUGGUAUCCUGGAAGACAAAACUAGUUGGAAUGAUGUCAUCAAGAUGUCAUUUUAACCAGUUUUGACCUCUGGGAUGGAGGGGCCAGGAGUUUUUCCUCACUUCAUUACGAAGCCAGGAAAAACUAUGGGUCCCUAGUUAUAGCCAGGUCAUAACCAGACUCCAGAUUUUUCCCUGGUCUCCUAGUAUGGAGAGAUAUCUCUGACUAGAGUGAGGCAAGGAUGUCUUCUGUCCCCUUUCCUCUUCUUACUGGCCAUUGACCGAAUGGCCUGAACUGAAUGAAAGACCACUGAAUCAAGUAAGUGGUCUGAGCGGGGAAGCUAUAAAGGAGGGGAAGAGAGUGGUCCUCUGUUAAUUUCUGCCCCAGUGGUGGUAUCACUCUACAUCCCCUAGGAAGCUUGGAGUAGGAACCAGCUCGGACUCUGAAACCCAACGCCGGAGGUCCCUUUGUCUUAAGUAACUGAAAGCCUGAAAGUAGCUCAGGUCUUAGAUUUUUUACACAAGUCCACAGAGACCCCUCUCAGAACAGCAUUGGUUCACUGGUUGCUCUGCUCUGAAUAGGCACACUACAGGCCUGUGUGAAGGGAUAAGUCACCUUGUCCUACUUGUAUGUGGCAAGGGGCAGAAUGAUGUGAUUGUACGCUUCUGCAGGUGUGUGUGUCUGUGUGUGUGUGACUGUGUGCCUGCGUGCGUGUGCGUGCCUGCCUCUGUGUGUGUGGGUGCUUGGCUCAUCCCUUCCUGUUUUCCUAGUGUGUGUGUUUGUGUGUUUGUGUGUGUGUGUUGUCGAUGACUGGCCCUAGAAGUGCUCGGUGUGUCUAUAUAGCUGGGUGUGGUGCCAAUGCAGUGGUGCCAUAUAUUGAGUCUAUUAAGUUGUGUAUGAGGAGAGAGGAGUAGAGGAGAGAUGAGAGGAGAGAGAGAGAGAGAGAGAGAGAGAGAGAGAGAGAGACUAGCGAUACUAGAGAGAGAUUAGAGCUCUCAUAUCGCGAGAUAUAGCUAGAGCUAGCGAUAUAGAGAAGGCUCUACUCGAUAGAUAUGAGCUAUACGCGCUAGAUAUACACAUUUCCUGAUCUCACCUCCAUCAAGUAUGCAUGGAGAUGAUGUUAAUAAUGAAGAGGGUAUCACCUUCUCUCGGUUACUGUGGGGUGUAGAAUUCACUGACCUUCUCUCUGUCACAGUAGUGUGUAGAAUUCACUGAAUUUCUCUCUGUCACAGAGUGGUGUAGAAUUCACUGACCUUCUCGCUGUCACAGUGGGGUGUAGAAUGUCUGAUAUACCACGGCUUUAAGCCAAUCAGCAAUUCUAGUGCUGCUCUGCACACACACGCUUGUUAGCUAGCUAACAUUAGCUUAGUCCAACGUUAAGCCAACUCUCGGAAGUUCUUCCAUAGAAGCUGCUCCUCCGUAGGUAGGACAAAUGCCCAGAGCAAAAUUAUGGUUCUGUUCAGAACGACACGAUUGGAAAAAAGUUCCAAACCCUGAUUGAUUGAUUUAUUAAUUGUCUCUCUGCAGGAGGUGGAGUCUAUGAAGGGCUAUAUUGCUGCUCAGACUGUGAACGUGGAGGUGGACGCAGGCCGUGGUGGACCUGAACUGGGCACAGUAAUGUCAGAGCUCAGAACUCAGUACGAGGGCAUCAUCAAGAAGAACAAGGACCAGGCUGAGCAGUGGUACCUCAAGAAGGUCAGUGGGGGACUGGCUGGCUGGGGACCUCAGGAAGGUCAGUGGGGUACUGGCUGGUUGGGGACCUCAAGAAGAUCAGUGGGGGACUGGCUGGUUGGGGACCUCAAGAAGGUCAGUGGGGUACUGGCUGGUUUUGGACCUCAAGAAGGUCAGUGGGGUACUGGCUGGUUGGGGACCUCAAGAAGGUCAGUGGGGGACUGGCUGGCUGGGGACCUCAAUAAGUUCAGUGGGGGACUGGCUGGCUGGGUGCAUCACCAUGCCAGAAACUAGACACUAGAGUUUAGUCUCUCAGGGCUGAUUUGUAUCAUGAGAUGAGUGCGUGUGACUCAAAUGUUCAUGCAAAUCUCCCAUUGCGUAUCUCAAGUUACGAUUCAGGCGUAUCAUAGUUAUCAUAGCCAGGUGAACCCAGGUCUGGUAUCUAGUAACAUAGUGUUCUCAGUAACCUGGGGGUGCAGUGUGUUCAGGAACGUGUGUGGUGUGUUACUGUUUGGGGCGGCAGGUAGCUUAGUGGGUAAGAGUGUUGUGCCAGUAACCGAAAGGUCGCUGGUUCUAAUCCCCGAGCCGACUAGGUGAAAAAUCUGUCGAUGUGCCCUUUCGCUCUGGAUAAGAGCGUCUGCUAAAAUGUUACUGUUUUCAGUAACCUGGGCGUGCGGUGCGUUCAGGAACGUGUGUGGUGUGUUACUGUUUUCAGUAACCUGGGGGUGCGGUGUGUUCAGGAACGUGUGUGGUGUGUUACUGUUUUCAGUAACCUGGGGGUGCGGUGCGUCCCUGUGUGGUGUGUUACUGUUUUCAGUAACCUGGGGGUGCGGUGCGUUCAGGAACGUGUGUGUGGUGUGUUACUGUUUUCAGUAACAUGGGGGUGCGGUGUGUUCAGGAACGUGUGUGUGGUGUGUUACUGUUUUCAGUAACCUGGGGGUGCGGUGCGUUCAGGAACGUGUGUGUGGUGUGUUAAUGUUUUCAGUAACCUGGGGGUGCGGUGCGUUCAGGAUCGUGUGUGUGGUGUGUUACUGGUUUCAUUAACCUGCGGGUGCGGUGCGUUCAGGAACGUGUGUGUGGUGUGUUACUGUUUUCAGUAACCUGGGGGUGCGGUGCAUUCAGGAACGUGUGUGGUGUGUUACUGUUUUCAGUAACCUGGGGGUGCGGUGCGUUCAGGAAGGUGUGUGUGGUGUGUUACUGUUUUCAGUAACCCGGGGGUGCGGUGCGUUCAGGAAGGUGUGUGGUGUGUUACUGUUUGGGGCGGCAGGUAGCUUAGUGGGUAAGAGCGUUGUGCCAGUAACCAAAAGCUCGCUGGUUCUAAUCCCCGAGCCGACUAGAUAAAAAAUCUGUCGAUGUGCCCUUUCGCUCUGGAUAAGAGCGUCUGCUAGAAUGUUAAAAUGUUACUGUUUUCAGUAACCUGGGGGUGCGGUGCGUUCAGGAAUGUGUGUGGUGUGUUACUGUUUUCAAUAACCUGGGGGUGCGGUGUGUUCAGGAACGUGUGUGGUGUGUUACUGUUUUCAGUAACCUGGGGGUGCGGUGCGUCCCUGUGUGGUGUGUUACUGUUUUCAGUAACCUGGGGGUGUGGUGCGUUCAGGAACGUGUGUGUGGUGUGUUACUGUUUUCAGUAACAUGGGGGUGCGGUGCGUUCAGGAACGUGUGUGUGGUGUGUUACUGUUUUCAGUAACCUGGGGGUGCGGUGCAUUCAGGAACGUGUGUGUGGUGUGUUAAUGUUUUCAGUAACCUGGGGGUGCGGUACGUUCAGGAUCGUGUGUGUGGUGUGUUACUGGUUUCAGUAACCUGGGGGUGCGGUGCGUCCCUGUGUGGUGUGUUACUGUUUUCAGUAACCUGGGGGUGUGGUGCGUUCAGGAACGUGUGUGUGGUGUGUUACUGUUUUCAGUAACAUGGGGGGUGCGGUGCGUUCAGGAACGUGUGUGUGGUGUGUUACUGUUUUCAGUAACCUGGGGGUGCGGUGCAUUCAGGAACGUGUGUGUGGUGUGUUAAUGUUUUCAGUAACCUGGGGGUGCGGUGCGUUCAGGAUCGUGUGUGUGGUGUGUUACUGGUUUCAGUAACCUGCGGGUGCGGUGCGUUCAGGAACGUGUGUGUGGUGUGUUACUGUUUUCAGUAACCUGGGGGUGCGGUGCAUUCAGGAACGUGUGUGGUGUGUUACUGUUUUCAGUAACCUGGGGGUGCGGUGCGUCCCUGUGUGGUGUGUUACUGUUUUCAGUAACCUGGGGGUGUGGUGCGUUCAGGAACGUGUGUGUGGUGUGUUACUGUUUUCAGUAACAUGGGGGUGCGGUGCGUUCAGGAACGUGUGUGUGGUGUGUUACUGUUUUCAGUAACCUGGGGGUGCGGUGCAUUCAGGAACGUGUGUGUGGUGUGUUAAUGUUUUCAGUAACCUGGGGGUGCGGUACGUUCAGGAUCGUGUGUGUGGUGUGUUACUGGUUUCAGUAACCUGGGGGUGCGGUGCGUCCCUGUGUGGUGUGUUACUGUUUUCAGUAACCAGGGGGUGUGGUGCGUUCAGGAAUGUGUGUGUGGUGUGUUACUGUUUUCAGUAACAUGGGGGUGCGGUGCGUUCAGGAACGUGUGUGUGGUGUGUUACUGUUUUCAGUAACCUGGGGGUGCGGUGCAUUCAGGAACGUGUGUGUGGUGUGUUAAUGUUUUCAGUAACCUGGGGGUGCGGUGCGUUCAGGAUCGUGUGUGUGGUGUGUUACUGGUUUCAGUAACCUGCGGGUGCGGUGCGUUCAGGAACGUGUGUGUGGUGUGUUACUGUUUUCAGUAACCUGGGGGUGCGGUGCAUUCAGGAACGUGUGUGGUGUGUUACUGUUUUCAGUAACCUGGGGGUGCGAUGCGUUCAGGAACGUGUGUGGUGUGUUACUGUUUUCAGUAACCUGGGGGUGCGGUGCGUUCAGGAAGGUGUGUGUGGUGUGUUACUGUUUUCAGUAACCUGGGGGUGCGGUGCGUUCAGGAAGGUGUGUGUGGUGUGUUACUGUUUUCAGUAACCUGGGGGUGCGGUGCGUUCAGGAAGGUGUGUGUGGUGUGUUACAGCUGGAGACGGUGCAGAGCGAAGUGAAGGAGUCUAACGAGGCUCUGAGGGGGGCUCAGAGUGAGCUGGUGGAGAGACAACGAUUCCUACAGAACCUGGAGGUGGAGCUGGAGAGUCUGCACAAACAGGUAGGAACUAGGAACCUGUCAACUGGGGGUUGUGUUGUACUGGGGACCUUAGAAUAUUGUCACUCAGAUCUACAGCUGGACAACCUGCACAACUACAGUAUCGCUGAGAUCCUUGCUCCUUUCCCCAUCCAUGUUAUCCUUGUUGACUGUAAAUAUCUCUCACCUUCCUUGAUGUUGGGUCAGAUACACUCAGAAAAAAGGGUUCCAAAAGGGUUCUUUGGUUGUCCCUAUAAGAGAAUGCUUUUCGGUUCCAGGUAAAAUAGGGUUCUUCAAAGGGUUCUCCUAUGGGGAGCCAAAAAACCCAAUCAAGGAUCUAGAUAGCACCUUGUUUUUCAAAGAGUGUAGGGAUCAGUGUUAUAACAACAACAACCAUCCCCUGACUUGUACACACAGAUUCUCUUAUUUCCCUUUCUGUAAUCACACACUGUAUAUUUGAUGAGAAUGUGUAUCGGGUGUACAUUUAAUCUGCGUGUGUACAUGUCUGCAUGCAUGUUUGUCUCGUCCACAGUUUUCUUUAUCUGACUCACCCUCUCCCCCCUCAGGUGUCAGCUCUGAAGGGUAACCUGGGGGAGACAGGGCAGAAGUACAGCCUGGAGAUGGAGCGUCUGCAGGCCACACUGUCCCAGCUUGAGGAGAACCUGUCUCAGCUGCGUCUGGACAUGCAGGUACUUACUGGGGCUAAGGAGGUGGAGCUGUAUAUAUAUUUCCGUUUAUUGUUUGUUGGUAUUUCACCCCCUUUUUCUCCCCAAUUUCAUGGUAUCCAAUUGCUAGUUACAAUCUUGUCCCAUUGCUGCAACUCCCGUACGGACACGGGAGAGGCGAAGGUCGAGAGUCAUGCGUCCUCCGAAACACAACCCAACCGAGCCGCACUGCUUCUUGACACAGUGCCCGCUUAACCCGGAAGCCAGCCGUACACCUGGCGACCGAGUCAGCGUGCACUGUGCCCGGCCCGCCACAGGAGUUGCUAGUGCACGAUGGGACAAGAACAUCCCUGCCGGCCAAACCCUCCCCUACCCUGGACGGCGCUGGGCCAAUUGUGCGCCACCCCAUGGGUCUCCCAGUCGCGGCCGGCUGCGAAAGAGCCUGGACUCUAACCAGGAUCUCUAGUGGCACAGCUGGCACUGCGCCACUCAGGAGGCCCCAUGUUUCUGUUGUUUUUUGUAACAAAUGGACUAAUAAAGUUGUAUUGUAUUGUAUUGUAUUGCAGCGCAACAAGAUGGACUAUGAACAGCUGCUCCGCAUCAAGCAGAACCUGGAGAUAGAGAUCGCCACCUACAGGAGACUGCUGGAGGGAGAGGAGACGUGAGUAACCAUGAUGCUAAUCUUUAUGUGAACAUUUAAAGGGACAUUUCAAAAAUGUUCAACUUCAUAUUCAUCAUCUCCAGCACCACCACAACAUCAACAUAUGUGAAAAUGGCGCGUUUCUAUGUUUUGUAGAGAAAAAGAUAGAGGAAGAUAAGUGUUUCCAAUGACAUCAUCAGUGUGCAUCGUGUGAUUUUAACCAAUUAUGAGUAGGCAUUGCCCACUAAUUGCCUACUAAUUGUCUACUAAUUGGUUGAUGAUGUCAUUGGAAACGCUUAUCUUCCUCUGUCUUUGUUGGAUAUAAUGCUAUGGUCAGAUGUAAAUAAGGGGUGCUUAGGACUGUACAGUAUAUCCAGGAUAGGACUACAUUGUGUUUUGUUAAAAUGAUUCAAACAGAUAAUUGUUCUUCCUGAGAAUCAGCCAAUUGAUGACCAUACAUGGUAACAUCUUCUGACAGUGACAAUUUCCAUGUAUCAGUUGAAGUCAUUGGGCACAUUUUAACUCGCACAUUCCUUUUCCGUUAUUCAUACAGGAUUAAUGAAGUCCCAUCACCAAAAAGUGAGUAUCAGUACAUUAACUUCACUUCACUCUCACUUCCUCAUUGACACAGGCUAACCUAAGCGAACAUCAACACUUACUUACUCAGCAACACAUUGAUUGGUUGAUUGUGGAUGUGACCGUUCACCUGGAUGGAGAAAGCUCCUUUAUCAGUGUGACAUCCAUGGCGUGUGAUAAGAGUCCCCAUUCAUUCAUGAAUAGGUUAUUUGCAUUCUCACACAGAGAGACCUCAAUUCACCUCAGCCUCUCAAAUGGACUGCAUGGACCCAUCCUGGUCACCCAUGCAUCUUUCGUUUUUCUUUCUUUCUUUCUUUCUUUCUUUCUUUCUUUCUUUCUUUCUUUCUUUCUUUCUUUCUUUCUUUCUUUCUUUCUUUCUUUCUUUCUUUCUUUCUUUCUUUCCUCCCUUCUCUCUUCCCUCUGACCUUCUCCCACUCUCUAUCCCUUUCUCUUGCUGUAUCACUUUACUCUUCACCCACCUUCACCCGUAACUUCACCCCCAUCUUCACCCUCAUCCCACCUUCACCCUUACCUUCAACUUCACCCUCACCCUCAUCCUCACCCUGACCUCUACCCUCACUUUCACCCUAUCCUAAUCUUAUCACCUCUUCAUAUUCAUCUUCACACUUUAUCUAAACCUCACCCUCACUUUCACCCCCACCCUCACCUUCACCCUCAACUUCACCCUCACCCUCACCUUUACCCUCACCUUCACCCUCACCCACCCCUUCACCUCCACCCUCACCCUCACCUUCACCCUCAUCCUCACCCUCACCUUUACCCUCACCUUCAUUCUCAUCCCCACCCUAACCUUCACCCUCAUUUUCACCGAGCCUUUCAUUGGUCUGAAUGUUCACCAGGCUCAAGGCUUUGUUGUGUCGUAACACAAUGAUGAUGUGAUUAUAGUGUUGGUUUAAACACAAGUCCAGGUGGGUUACGCUCCAAGGUGAAGUUUCCCUUAGGUUCAGAUUUAGUAUCCACUUCCCCUCCCCCAAUCCUAGUCGGGAAACUACAAAACUGACCCAAGAUCAACAUCUAGGGGCAACUUUACCCUACACCAAGAGGUUACACUAGGAAACGUCCCUAGGCUAGCAUGUGUAGGUACUGUAGGUGACUUAUAGAGUAAAGUUGAAGUACUCCGGGCCAUUGGCUCGCUGAGAAAGCCAACUGCCCAACAGCUAUUUACACUACAGGUUUAAAAUAGGGUCAGCGGCAUUGCCUUAUGUCAGUAUCAAAUGUACAACUUUGAUUCUGUGCUACUUCCAACGCCCUGGCAUCAAAUCAAAGGGGGCGUGGCCACAGACUAAUGGCAGUUUCAUAAACCUGCAAACAAAGCAAACGCCCGAAAAAGCGCUGUCCCUAGAAACUGCAGUAGGUGAAAAUAAUAUCCCACAAGUCUCAAUGUUGUAACGGAGUGUUACUGUAGGCUUGUGACUACUCACUGAAUCAAUUUGGUAGCACUUUAUUUGGGGUGUACGUACAAAAGGAAUUCUUAGCACAUUUAUAAGCUAUUCUUUGCUCAUUCAUAAGCAGUAGAUAUAUCAGCAACAAGUUAGCAGGUUCAUAGGCCGUGUUACAAACCAGAGCCUGUUGGGUUGCAGUAAUAGUGUGACCCUGUGACAUUCGGUAGCCCAUCCUCUUCCUCUUCAUCAUCCUCUUCAUCAUCCUCUCGUUUCCCUGCAGAGGAGCCAGAGGUGCGGACCAGGAAGAUAGUGAAGGUGGUGACUCAGACCAUGAUCAACGGCAAGGUGGUGGAUGAGUCCAGCGAGGUGGAGCAGAUAGAGCAGGAGGUGAAGAAG